AUGUCGCAACGUCGGAGAUUUGCGCUGCGGCCAGAGCUGUCAACAGAGUAUAAGGCGCUGUGUUCAUCGGACAAUCCGGUGACAGAGAGUCUCUUUGGAGACGAUCUUGAAAAGCAAAUAAAGGACAUAAGUGAUGCUCAGCGGAAGAAUGCUGGCGAAUACCAAUGUGGUGAUUAUAAUAAAGCACGAUACAUUGGCAAAGUGUACAAUGCCGUCAUUUGUGAUUUGAAUGCACAGCCAGAUGCAGGGAAUAACAUACAGCCAGAUGCAGGGAAUAAGAUUAAUGAUGAUGCUAUUAACUCUUUUGUUAUCCAAGCAUAUACCAGGCAAGCACAAUGUAAUCGCAGAUUCAUUGUCUCGUUUACAGAUGGCAAGAUUCCGAAUGCUAGCUCCAGAGGCCAACGCCCUUCCGUGCCAAGUACCACAGCCUGCAGAGGUCUUCUGGGACUAGAAUCCGUCGUAGAAGACCUAUGGAAGACAGCCGUAGCUCCCAGUACUAGACAAGCUUAUGAAACCGGGUUUAAAACAUUCCUCAGGUUCCUCCUGAUGGCAGAUUUGGUCUUCCUUGGUGAGGCCAGGUUUGGGGUGAAGCUGAGACGGGAUGAUUAUGAUCGUGCCCACAAAACAGCCAAGACUGAUGAAAAACUAUUAACUCUGUCUCAAUUUGAUAGAGUUUCUUCUGUCAGAAGAGGAAAAGGCUUGUACAACCGUGUAUGGAAACAUCCAACACAAGAAGAAACCAAUGGAUGACAAAAAAGUUGGCGCAUUGAAAUGUAAAUUUUUAUCCUGGUGAAUUAUGAUUAAUUUCUGUAUGCACUGUUUACCGUCACCAAGGUACUAGUAUUUUUUCAAAGCAUCAAGUAUCUCCCUUAAACCUUUACCUGUUGGGUUCAACCUUUGUUUGCAAACAAUAAUUAUAAUCAAUGCAGACUCUCAUAAUAUAAAAGAGAACUGGCUAGAUAUUUUAUAUACAUGUACUGGGUCAGUGUUACUCUGUAGUAGUCUACAUUACUCACUUUAUUUAUUCUCUAUCAGCUCAUGUCAUGGCUAGAUGUGGGUCGAGUCCCGGAGACUUUAACUCAAAGUCGGCGAAAAUAGUAACUUCCAUCAACAACAAAAUCCGAAAUAAGAUCAAAAGAUAUAGAGGCCUUUUUUAUGGCCGAAUGUCUCGCUAUUUCCAUAUGAUGUUUGUAAUAGAGACAUCACUUCAAUCAAAUAAAUAUGUUUCUGUAUUGAGUCUUAUGUGCCUUUCUCCCAACGGAAAAAAAGAAAGAAUUUCUAGUGAACUUCCAGUGGAGAACAAUGGUAUUCCACUGGACAAACAGUGGAAAACCAGUGAUAUUCCAGUAGAGAACACUUGGUUUCCCACUGGAAAAACAGUGGAACUCCACUGGAAAACACUUGGAAUACCAUCCGCUGGAAUACCAUCCACUGGA